AUGCUUAAGCGUCAUUUCGAAACAAUUAUGAAAGAUGUUCGUCGAUCGUUCGUUUUCCCUUACGAUAUGAAUAAAUGGCACCAAGAUGAAAUCGGAAGUUAUUCGGAUCGUUUGUACUUUCCUGACGUAUCGAAUAAUGACAAAGCUCAACAUCAUUUUUUUCUGCUAUCCAAUGGUUUCACAGCUUUACCACGCUUGAUACCGGUCUCCGUCGAUGGAUCUUUAAUUGAAAACUAUCAAGAACUCAUGACAAAUAUGGAACAAGUCGAUCCCAUACAUGUCUUUUCACGAGCAAUCAUUCAAGCCAUUGAUCAUUUGCAUAAUAAAUAUCAGUUAACAUCGUUCGUCAAAUUGGACUGUUUGGGCGCAGGUGGUUGGUCGUCAGUGGCACCCAGUGAGCACCCGAUUAUCUACGACAUUGAUACAGCGAAAGAGCAACGCGUAUCAUAUUUACAUAACCAUCUCGACAGAGUAUUUGAAGAUGAACCUCUGUUAUCGCUCAUGGCUGUAGUAGAAGAGUUCAUCGACCCGCAAAAACGCUCGGAUGAUAUUGAUGCAGACUACACAGUCUGUGGUUUCGUUCUCAGUGGAAAAUUUUUCCCAACUUCUAUCAAUCUCUGUGGAACGAAAGGUGGAGUCUACAUCGAACAGUGGACAUCGUCGUCACCCGCUGAUAUAGGCGAUUCACCCGAGUUUUGGCAAGAGAUGUUUCAUACCUAUUCACACAUGGUGGCUUUAGAAGCUACGGAAUUCGGUUAUAAGAAUGGCAUUUAUGCAGGUGAUUUGUUUGUUACGAAAGAUAAUCAACAUAAGCAACGCGACUGGAAUAUCCGACGUGGUGGGCGGUCAUCGCCGGAAUCCAUAACUAUCUUUGGAAUGGCAAAUUAUGAGACAAAACUGACACUGCAUAUGAAUGAUUUUGGAGUUGAUGGAAAAAUGAAUAAACUAGAACUAUUUCGGUUGUAUACAAAUGUCUGCGAACAUCUAUCGCAAGAUUAUGGCAUGUAUACAUUUUCCUCUGCCUUCGGUUAUUGUUGCAAGGAUAGCGCGAAAGGUGAUAUUCUUACAUUUAACAUUCUUGUUCAUCCCAAAGUUCUGACACAUGGCGAUCAACAUGGUCAAAAACAAACGUUACCUAAACGUGAACAUCGUGCUAAAGUUCUUGAACUUAUUCGUGAUACCGUUACAAAGUAUCCAAGUUCAGAUAAAACAAUAACUAUGAAUAUCAACAACACAGUUGGACCUGAUGAAUUAGCAACAGGUAACCCUAACAGAACACGAUUACAAACAUUAUAUGAACAUUAUCGAAAACGAAAAUUAACUUGGAUUAUAUUUUUCAUUAUUGUUCUUAUUGUAAUUAUAGUUAUUUCGACAAUUAUUGUUAAACGGAACAAAACGAAAAGAGAAAAAACAGAAACAACGGAGAUAACAACACUAACAACAACAACAAGGUCACCAGAGAUACAAACAACAACAACACUAAAGAUAUCAACAACAUCAACAAAGAUAAAAACAACAACGACGACAACAAAUAAACAAUUACCUCCUUCAGUUACCAUCAAUAGCAAUACAAAAUGGAAAGAGGAUGCAAUUACUAUUGCUGGAGGAAAUGGACGGGGAAAUGGAUUAAAUCAAUUAAAUGAUCCUUGUGGUAUUUAUGUUGAUAAUGAUGAUCAUAGUAUUUAUAUUGCUGACACAUACAACCAUCGUAUUAUUAGAUGGGAAUUUGGUGCAAACAAUGGUACAAUUGUUGCAGUUGGAAAUGGACCUGAAGAUAUAAGGAAUCAAUUAAAUCAGCCAACAGAUGUAAUUCUUGAUAAAGAGAAGAAAUAUCUCAUCAUUUGUGAUUAUAGCAACGGACGAGUGGUACGAUGGUCUCUUCAGAAUAGUCAGGAUCAACAAAUAUUAAUACCUGAUAUUUCUUGUUGGGGUUUAGCAAUGGAUAACAAUGGAGAUCUUUAUAUUUCUGACUGGCUAGAACAUCAAGUCGUACGUUGGCAAGAAGGAGAUACAAAAGGUACAGUUGUAGCAGGUGGAAAUGGACAAGGAAAUCAUUUGAAUCAACUCGACUUUCCUAUGUAUAUCUUCGUCGACGAAUAUCAUUCAGUUUACGUAGCGAAUGUUGGGAAUAAACGUGUGAUGAAAUGGAUGAAAAAUGCAGCCGAAGGCAUUCUUAUUGCACCAGGACAAUUUUUUAACGAAAAUUCUAGUUCAAUGCCUGAACCGAGAAGCGUGAUUGUUGAUCAUAUGGGUAAUAUUUAUGUGUCACAUGCGGGAAUUUAUCAAAUAAUGCGUUGGUCGCCAGGUACAAUAGAAGGUGUUCCUGUCGUUGGUGAAAAAAAAUCUGGAAUAGGACCCACGGAGUUGAACAGCCCAUAUGAUUUAUCAUUUGAUCAACAGGGUAAUCUUUAUGUUGUCGAUACAGGCAAUCACCGAAUACAAAAAUUUGCUAUUGAUCUUGGCUAA